CAGCACACUGGGAACUAAUUGCCCACCUUGUUGGCACUCUCAGGACAGAGAUGAGAACUCACUGGACUACGGGAGCAACUUUGGAGCAUUGCGGCAAGUAACUUUUUAGGUGCUGAAAAAUUCACUCCGAUUCUGAAAGCCUCAGUUCAAUCACCCAGUCUCCUGUACAGUGAAUGGGGUAAGGAAACACUGUAAAACCUUUGGGAAAGCUUUUCCACUUAAACAGGAAUGAGCCUCAUACCUGCAAUGCAAUGCUCCCUCCUGGCCUCUGAUGUAGGAUUCUGUGACACCUACUUCAACUUUAUUCCUCCUCUCCCAAAAUCCAAAACCAAGAAAACCUUCCAUGAGAUGAGCUGGUAUCUCAAAAAAGGAGGAAUGUCCAAACACUUUGAAGUUAACUAGUUCCAAUUUCAUUUAGGCACAAUCCAUGGCAGACACAGAAGAGGGAAAUCAAACAUCCAUCACAGAAUUCAUCCUCCUGGGAUUUGGAAAUCUCCCGGAGCUGCAGACUCUUCUCUUCCUCCUCUUUCUAGUGAUCUACAUUGUGACCAUAGUUGGGAACAUCCUCAUCCUGGCGCUGGUUGUAUCUGUUCAGAACCUUCACACCCCCAUGUACUUUUUCUUGGGAAACUUGUCCUGCUUGGAGAUCUGCUACACCUCAGUAAUCCUGCCCAGGUUGCUGUCAAGUUUCCUGACUGGCAACAAGACUAUUUCUGUUACUGCUUGUUUUGUACAAUUUUAUUUCUUUGGAUGCUUAGCAGCUACUGAAUGUUUUCUCUUGUCUGCAAUGUCGUAUGAUCGGUAUUUAGCAAUCUGCAAACCCCUGUACUACACCACCCGUAUGAAUGACAGGUUCUGCCUCCAGCUGGCGAUUGGCUCUUGGGUAAGUGGCUCCCUAGCGAUUGCCACAUUGACAGUGUUGUUGUCACAGUUGACUUUCUGUGACUCCAAUGGAAUCGACUAUUUCUUUUGUGAUUUCACCCCCAUAGUAAAACUCGCCUGCAGUGACACUCACCUUCUGGAAGUUACUGCUUUCGUAUCUUCCUCCAUAUUCACCCUGCCCCCAUUUCUAUUGACCUUGGCAUCCUAUAUUCAUAUCAUUGCUGCCAUCCUGCGAAUCCCCUCCACCACCGGGAGGCAAAAGGCCUUUUCCACCUGCUCCUCCCACCUCAGCGUGGUGACAAUUUACUAUGGAUCCCUAAUCAUUGUGUACAUGCUCCCAGACUCCAACAGGCUGAGAUCCCUGAACAAAGUGUUCUCUGGCUUCUACACCAUCUUGACUCCCCUGGUUAACCCCCUGAUAUACAGCUUGAGAAACAACGCGGUGAAGGAGGCCCUGUGGAAAGCUCUCAGUAAAUUGGUGCCCGUCACAAGAAUUUAGACAGCCUGGAGUAAGGCUCUAAGGUUAAACCAAAAUAGAGCCAAUCUCCAGGAGUCAGAUCUUCAGAUGAUGCCAACUAGAAAUCACCACAGCUCUGCCAGUUUUCCCCUGAAAUCACCACAGCUCUGCCAGUGUCCACCAGCAGGGAAUAUGGUCUUUGGAGUGGGAUUCUGAACAGCUCCAAUUCUGAGGAGAAAUCUGUGCUUGUAUAAGUGGUCACAAUGCAGUCAAUGAGAAAUCUCAUGUCAGCAAGACUGGCUUCAAAAGCUAAUGUUUGCAAA